ACUGCAGUUUCAUUUGUUUGGCCUCCCACUUUCUUCCCUUACAGUGGAGCAAUGGACCAGAAAAAGAGCGUCCAAGAGAAGAUGAUGGAGAUCAUUGCACAGGCUAACGUGGGGAGUCUUGCCUGCUCCUACAUGAAGAGCUACUCGCUCAACGCCGUCAUUGAGCUCGGCAUAGCAGACAUCAUCCACAGCCAUGGUCAGCCUCUCACCGCCUCUCAGUUGGUCGCCAAGAUCCCCACCAGCUCCUCCGGCGACGUCCCACGCCUGGACCGUCUGAUGGGCUUCUUGGUGCACGCCGGCGUCUUUGCCGAGGUGCGAAGGCUGACCAGUGAAGGAUCGUCAGAAAUUUCAUAUGGAAUGACGCCGGUGUCUAGGCUGUUGCUAAGGGAUGGCCCCCAAAGUCUGCUAUCGAGUCUCCGGCUGAUGCUCCAUCCCUUGGUCGUUUCUUCUUGGGAAAACUUGCCAAAUUGCUUCCGAUCUGGGGAGGGCUACCCUACAGCCUUUGAGGGUAAGCAUGGGGCGCCAUUAUGGACCAAGGCGAGCCUUGAUCCUGCGUUCAACAAGCUGUUCAACGAGGCCAUGUCUUGCUCCUCCAAACAGCUUCUGGUCAGGAUGUUUGAUGGGUGCGGACAAGUUUUUGAGGGUGUGAACUCACUUGUGGAUGUUGGCGGUGGGAAUGGAACCGUGGCUGCUUUCCUAGCCUACGCCUUCCCUAACAUCAAGUGCAUGGUGUUGGACCUGCCCCAUGUCGUGGCUUCUUCGUCACCUCAACCUAAUGUUGUCGCCAUUGCAGGUGAUAUGUUUGAGUCGAUACCACCAGCUGAUGUAAUCCUUCUCAAGGAAGUUCUGCAUCACUGGGAUGACGAAAAGUGCGUGAAGAUACUGAAACGUUGCAGGGAGUCUAUCCCGAAACCAGGAGGGAAGGUGAUCAUUGUGGACAUGGUGAGGACCAAGUGGCUCCAUCCGACAAUCGAUGAAAUGCAGCUGAUGCUCGAUCUCCAUAUAAUGGUAAUGUUCAACGGCAAGGAACGCAAUGAAGAUGAAUGGAAGAGGCUAUUUGUUGGUGCAGGCUUCUCCAGCUAUAAAAUAGUUAAAACUGAGCGCGGACUCUCGCUUAUAGAGGUUUUCCCUUAGGGGGGAAACCUCAGAUCACCUCCUUAGCGCUUGGUAAUGUACUGAAAUCCAUGCACGAGACCGCAUAGGUGGGUAUUUAUGUGGGAACAGUAUGGGAGCGAUCUCAGUUUUUCGUAGUUGCUGGUGCGCUAACUGGAAUAAUCUCUUUCAGUUGCGCGUUGUUGUUCUGCAAGAAAAUAAGUAUUGUAGAAGUUUGCUUCAUUUCUAAUGAAAAGUACGCCGGAAUCCUUUUUUUUU